UUACAGUGUAGCGUCAUGGUGUCCGAGUGUCGUGUUCGGUUGAUUUCUGCUAACGGGGUUCCUCCAGUUUUCAACAACAUGAUUGAACAAGGAUUGGUAGAAGAGCCAGUUUUUACUUCUGGAUUAGCAGGAAUCCUGAUGCCACCGAGGGCGGAGAAAUUACAUUUGGUGGAUCAGACCCAAAUCGCUACACUGGCGAGAUUAGUUGGGUUCCUGUUACCGAGUCAAACAGUACCUUCGCUGUACUCAGUAAUCAGAGAAGCGGCCAAAAUGGUACCCAAUCCUAAUCCAGUAGAGGUGGAAGCCGGACGUAAAACAGUUUUUGACACUUGGUUGGCGGCCAAUCCGGAUCCGAGAAAUCCUACCCAACCACGCAUUGGUAAUUUAGGAAGUGGUAGUGAUUACACCGUCUUCAGUCAUGUUCUCGGCGUCCCAUCGAUCGACGUUUACUACGAUUAUCAAGAGAAAGCAGGAUCUUACCCUCUUUACCACACUCUUUACGAGACUUAUCAUACGGUGGCUAACUUAAUGGAUCCCGGAUUCAAAUAUCACCUUGCUGUUGCUCGACUGAUGGCUGAAUUGACUUUGAGUCUCAGUGAAUAAGUUAUUCUUCCGUUUGACGUACCGAGUUACGCCAGUUUUCUGGAACAAGAUAUCGCUAAAAUUGAGUCACGGUAUAAGGACGUGGCAGUCACGAACGGAGCAACUUUUGAACAUUUUAGAAAAGCAGUUGCUCAUUUCCGGAACGCUACUGAGUAUUUUACCGACAACAUAAUACCACGUUUGGACAUUACCAAUCCUUUAGCCGUUCGUAAAAUCAAUGACCAGUUGAUGUAGCUUGAAAGAGGAUUCGUCGAUCCUCAUGGCCUUCCCGGGCGUCCUGAAUUCAAUCACAUCGUGUUCGCUCCUAGUUCUGUGGAUAAAUACUCCAGUGAUACUUUUGCUGGCCUGGUGGAUCUGUUCAAAACUGUUGGCAACCAAACGGAAGCCGAACAGCCCGGCACUUGGCGUCAAAUCAAACAACACCUUUCUGCAAUUUCUUUCUUAAUCGGUGCUGCAGCUGACUCUCUUCGAAAGGGAUUCUAGAUCCCCACCACGAUCACACAUUUUCGUUUUACUCUAUUUGGUUGUAUAAUCUUUGCUUUCUGAUUUCGCAUAACACAUUUCUGUCCGAUAAUUGGUUCACUUUAACAAGCCACUUCAAACGUGCAAUAUAUUGAAACAACAAUUUCAAAUCUCAA